AGGGCACAGUGCUGGCUCAUGGUCAUCCUGCUGCAUCCAGCUUAUACUGUAGGCCACUGGUAUGUGUCCUACAGCAGUGCAGCAUCCUCCAUAACUAGCUUGACCAGCAGGCCAUCCUGACAAGAAGAUCUCUCUUUAGCCUUUAGUUUUUAGGGACUGCCUAGUCAUAAUAUUAUACUUUUGACCUUUCAAUCUACCCAUUAUGAUGAUACAAAGAAUAAUGAUAAAUGUGUUACUUUGGUCUAUUGUGUGCUUCUAGGAUCAUUAAUAGAAGAAUGCUUUAAAUAAUUACAAUUACUGUGGAAGAGCUGGCACGUUAGCUGAGAACGAUCCAUGAGGAUAGAAGUGAAUUCAUAAAAAUUCCAUCACAAAAAAGGGAGAUAAAUGGUCCCCUCUAUUCUCUUUCUCCCUAUCUCUUUCCAUUAACAAAAGAUAUGAAUGAUUCUGCCUCCAGAAAUACAGGUGUAUAGGUCCAAAAAAAAAAAAAAAAAAAAAAAGAAAAAGAGGAAACUAAACACAUUUAAAGGCAAAGUCGUCAUCAGAUGAUUUGAUGUUAUUUUAAUCCAAGUUUUAAGAAUCUUACUUAAGCUAUGCAUCUCCUAAUGUUGAAAUGUGUAUUAUGCAACAUAUAUGUGCUAUAAUUUGAAAAUAUGCAUGCAAAUGUUGCCUGAACACUUACACAAAACAAAAUUCAUAGCACAUUCAAAAAGGCUAGAAAACUCAUGAAAUUAGAAAGCAGAGUAGAAAAUAACCCUGACUAGAGCUCUAGAAAUGCAGUUUUUAAUAAUAGAAGUUUGGUAAAGCCUUUACUGACCUGUCUAGCUCAUUAAUUAUGUUAAGACUGAUUUCUUACGAAGUUCUGUGCUGCUAUGACUGAAAAUGAAUUAAUUUUCUUCAUGCAGUUAGAAAUCUUUCUUUUUUGCAGCUAGGACAAUCAUUGUUUGGAUUUAGUUCGAGAACAAGAAGAUAACACAUAGGGACAGAUUUAAAGUUUUUAAUUGUUGUUGUCUGGGAGCCAAGGUCUUUCUGAGAUCUCUUUCCACAGGUGUGAGGCAGCCAGGAAUGGGGUCAUGGAUGAGCAGACUUUGCUGGGCAUCCAGACUGAUGAAUUAGAAUUCCAUUUAGCUAUUCCAUUAGCAUCACGCUUCAUAUAUGAGGAGAGUCGAGAUCUUUUGGCUGGGGUCAGAGCCAGGACAGAGCAGGACACAGACCUGUUCUGCUUCUGCUCUGUUUUGGGAGAGUUCUGUUCAGGAGUUUCUUUAGUUUGGCCUUUUGCCAUCCUGCUGUUUUGCAGAAGCCUCUGUGCCUCUCUGUCUUUUUCUCUCUUCUCUCUCUGGGAUCAGUUGUUGAGACCAGGUGCUGCUGCUUGGGACUGGCUGCUCAGUGCGGAUGGAGUCAAUGAGGAAUUUUAUUGAGUUGGAAAGAUGCCAUAAACACCACAAUAAUCAAUUUCAAUAAUGAGAAGAUGCAGAUCACAUGGGCAGCAAGAGAAUUAUUUCCCAGUGAGAAUGUGUCGUUUUCUUACACAUUUGAUGAAGGCACUCACAAAGUUUGGAAGCCAUGUCCAACCUAUUUAUUGGAUCAAGGUUAUAAUUCUGGAUGUCUUUUUAAGACAGAAGGACCCACUCUUGCCAUCUCUAUCAGGAACAACAAUGGAAGUGAAGAGAUUUUUUCUAAAAGAUUAAAAUCUGACUUUUAUAUAAAGCCAAAUCAACCAGAAAAUGUGACUUUCUUCUGGAAGGAGGACACUGUUACUGUAAGCUGUAAUAAACCAGAGAGAGCUGUGAAGUGCUUGAGACUUGAGCUUCAAUACAAAAGCAAGUAUGACAAAGACUGGCAAUCCAGAACUUCUAAAUGUUGCAGUGUUGGAGAACAAGGCUUUGAUCAGAGGAAAUGCUAUUCUUUACGGGUCAGACUGAAGAGACUAGUACCAUACUGCAACGUAGUACAUUACAGCAGUGACUGGGAAGCAGAAACAUUAUGGAUGAAUGGCACAUUAUUAGAUUCAUGUGAUGAUGAUAUAAAAUCUCAGUCAAACACAGUAAUUGUUUUAAGUUGUUUGCUGCCAGUACUUCUAAUGAUACUUAUCCUCUUGAUUCUUCUGUGUAAAUGGCAGAGGCUUCAAAAGUCAGUUAUGCCUGCUAUACCAGAUCCAAAAUAUGUAUUUGUUGAUCUCUUCAAUGAUCAUAAUGGAAACUUCCAGGAAUGGAUAGACAAAACUGAUCAUGCAGUGGUACAAACCAAGCUAGAAUAUGAAGAAACAGAGUGCAUCAUUGAGGCUGAAAGCCAGCAAGAAGACGAGCAGAAUAGCGACAAACAGGGGCCUCAAGAAAAAAUCUUCAAGUUCUCAAGAGCAGCUGAAAAUAAUGAUCCCAAGGCAGCCCAGAUUGCCUGCCUGAUGUCAACAUCCAACACUACAUCUUCUUUUGCUGGGCUCCAGAUUUUAAUGAAAGAUGACAUGUAUGUGAUGUUAUAAAACUUGCAUAAUGCAGAAGGUGUUAGGAAAUUACAUAAAAGACCAUUAUGAGUUUCGGGAGUGGCUGAAUAGAAAAGGUAGUCAUAAGCAGACUCACAUCAAGAAAGACACCAGGCUGUCUUAUCUGGUUUCAGGUCUGUUCUUUCCCAAGCACUUCUGACCACUUGAGCAGUCUCAGUGUUUGAAAUAAACACCUGAAAAUUUACAGAGUUAGGAUUUGUUGUUCUUAUUGGGGUUUACCUCUAAGACUAAACUGAACCCCAUUUUCCUGCCAUGGACAGGAGAGAACAAAGGCUCCUCCACAAUACAUAUUCUCAGACCUGAGACUCAGUCCUUGCACUUCUGGAGUAUGUAGACCAGUGAAAGCUAUGAUGUUAUUCUUCCCAAACGAAAAGGUAAAAUAGAGGUUUUUCAGGUAAUGGAUUUUGUCUCACAAAGAUCAAACCAUAUACUGCUCAUUUUCACAGGGAUGGGAUGCUGCUUUGCAGGCCUCCCUGUGCCUAGAAGUGCUUGCUUUUGUAAGCUGUUUCUCCCAUUGUGAAACUUUGUGAUACACGGAACACAUCAAAAGAAAGAGUAAGCCUCAUGUUAAAGAACAGAAGAGUGAGGAUGUGCAACACUGAGUCAUGUUUUAUUCUGCAACUACUGCUGUGUAGGUGACUUCCUCCAGAACAGCAGGGCUUCUUGGGCCUUCUCUGAGGUCAGGUCCAUCACUGUCUUACAGUCUUUGUGUGACUAAGCAACUUCUAGAAAGCUGAGGUUCAUUUUGAACAAUAUGUCUGAUCAGGACAGUCUUUUAAAUAUAGACUGUUGCGAUAGGACAAGAGGUAAUGGUUUCAAAUUAAAGGAGGGGAGAUUCAGGCAAGACAUGAGGAAGAAAUGUUUUACACUGAGGGUGGUGAAACACUGGCCCAGGUUGCCCAGGGAGGUGGUAGAUGCUCCAUCCCUGGAGACAUUCCAGGCCAGGCUGGACGGGGCUCUGAGCAACCUGAUCUAGUUGAAGAUGUCCCUGCUCAGUGCAGGGGGGUUGGACUAGAUGGCCUUGGAAGGUGUCUUCCAACUCGAACUGUUCUGUGAUUCUUUUAUUUCAAUAUUUAUAUUUAACUGAGUCACAUUUAUUUCAAACUGUUUGUUAGCACACUCAGCAGCUGUAGAUCCAAAUUAGACUUUCUAGUUAUAUUGCAUAUACCAGACUCUUUUUAUCGAACUGUCUUCUAAUAUUUUCUAAACAUCCCAUCUUCUAGAAUGUUUAAUUUUAAAUUUAAAAUGCAAUAUAUUGUGCUAUUAGACCUCAUUAAAAAAAAUCUUGACUAUUCUGUGAGUUUCCCUGUAUUGCUUAUGUUACAUAUUAUUUGACAGCAAAUUUUGUAAAAAUGUUUAAGUGCUAAAAACAUCUAUGAUAUGGUUAAAGUCUUGUAACUAUACUGUGAUUAUAUGUUGAAACAGCUCCUGUUAUUUACCUGGAUAUCAACCACUCAUUAAAAGACUUUAUCAGUUGACUAAGUUUUG